GAAUCCCUGGCAAUACCAUCACCUACAACACCUUGCUGGAUGCUUGCGCAAAGUGCAGCGCUAUGGCACGCGUGCCCGCCAUCUUUGAGAAGAUGAGGCAGUGUGAUGUGGAGCCAGACCGCAUCACCUACUCUACAUUGAUCAAGGGCUACUGUGUGGCAGGUGAGCUGGAUUGUGCUUUCAAGCUUUUUGAAGAGCUGAAAGCAGAUGGAAAGCUCGACCUGGAUGAAAUUGUCUACAAUUCCUUGCUUGAUGGCUGCAGCCGAAAGCAGAAACCCCAGAAGGCUAUGGAGUAUUUGCAGGACAUGAUCAGUGUGGGAAUUCAGCCGUCCAACUACACCUUGAGCAUCAUGGUAAAGCUCUUGGGUCGUGCAAAACGCUUGAAUGAAGCACUGAAGCUGGCCAAUGACUACCGCAAGGAGUUCAACCUCAAGCUCAACGUGCAGGUCUUUACUUGCUUGAUGCAAGCUUGCUUGCUGAACAAGAAAGUUCAGAAGGCACUUGACAUCUACAAGGAGAUGAUUGGUGAGUUGGGUCGGCUGCCUGAUCGCAAAGCUCACACUGUCUUGGUGGAAGGGUGCCUCAAUGCGGGUGCCUUUGAGCAGGCACUACAGGUGUGCCGCUGCGCCUACGGCUUCGGCUCUCCGGAGCUCGCCGUGCGGGGCGGAGUCACAGUCGGUGUGGAGCCGAAGGCCCUGUCCGACUUGGCCAACAAGGUCUCCUCUGGCAAGGUCGAGGAGGUGGAAGCUGCCAUGGAGGUCUUCGAUGUGGCGGACCCCAGCGGGAAGCUGCGCGCCAAAGCCAGUCGGGAGAGCCAGAUGUCGGGAAGUGCCUCAAGGAGAUGGAGAACACCCACAUCAGUGGUGUGA